GCGCUCGGGCCCGCUCGGGUGAGCGCCGCGAGGACUCGGGCGCGCUCGGCCCUCGGGUGGUUACGGCGGGCGAGCGGCUUCGGGGGCGGCCCCGAGGGGGCUCGGGCGCGCUCGGAACCAUUCGGGCCUGCUCGGGGAGCCUCGGCUCCCCUCACUACCGUGCCCCCCCCCCCGCGGGCCGCCGCGGAUGGAGGACGCCGACUCGGCGGCGAAACAGCUGGGUUUGGCCGAGGCGGCUGCAGUGGCUGCAGCGGCCGCGGUGGCGGCGGCAGCGGCGGCCGGAGCCGAACAGCAACGAGCCGAGGCGGCGGGCUCGGAGUCGGAGGUGGAGCCUGAGGAGCAGGUGACUGCCGUAACCGUGAUGGCGGCAGAUGCCGAACACAUCGAGAUGGGUACCGAGUCCCUGCCGAGCGCCGACGCCGCCUUCGCAGAAGUGACCACGGUGACCGUUGCCAAUGUGGGUGCUUCUGCAGACAAUGUCUUCACCACAUCUGUGGCAAAUGCAGCAUCUAUUUCUGGACACGUGCUGUCUGGAAGAACAGCCCUUCAAAUUGGGGACAGCUUGAAUACUGAAAAAGCCACUCUCAUAGUGGUCCACACAGAUGGCAGCAUUGUAGAAACCACAGGGUUAAAGGGGCCCUCAGCACCUCUCACACCAGGUCCUCAGUCUCCCCCUACGCCUUUAACACCCGGUCAAGAAAAGAGCGGAACAAAGUAUAACUGGGACCCAUCAGUGUAUGACAAUGAACUUCCCGUGCGGUGCCGCAACAUCAGUGGAAUCCUAUAUAAAAACAGGCUUGGCUCAGGAGGCCGGGGCCGAUGCAUUAAGCAAGGGGAAAAUUGGUACAGCCCCACUGAAUUUGAAGCCAUGGCAGGAAGGGCCAGCAGCAAAGACUGGAAAAGAAGUAUCCGCUAUGCUGGGAGGCCACUACAGUGCCUUAUUCACGAUGGGAUUUUAAACCCUCAUGCUGCCUCUUGCACUUGUGCUGCCUGCUGUGAUGACAUGACCUUGAGUGGCCCAGUGCGGCUCUUUGUACCUUAUAAAAGGCGGAAAAAAGAGAACGAAAUGCCUACAACUCCGGUGAAAAAGGAUUCUCCUAAAAACAUCACCCUGCUUCCUGCCACAGCUGCUACCACUUUCACCGUGACUCCUUCUGGACAGAUCACUACCUCUGGUGCUCUGACUUUUGACCGUGCAUCCACUGUGGAGGCCACAGCUAUCAUCUCAGAAAGUCCAUCCCAAGGCGAUGUUUUCACUGGAGCCACUGUAGUACAGGAUACUAAUGUCCAGCAGCCUUGUCGAGUCAGUCAUCCAGAACCCCACUAUCCAAGUUAUCAGGACAACUGUCAGAUUUCACCUUUUCCAGAAGCUGCACUGCCAACUUCUCAUCCCAAAAUAGUGUUGACGUCACUUCCUGCCCUGGCUGUGCCACCCACUACCCCUACCAAAGCCAUAUCCCCUUCAGUGGUGAAUGGGCUGGAGAUGACAGAGCAACGGAGCUGGCUGUACCUGGAGGAGAUGGUCAACUCCUUACUCAACACAGCCCAGCAACUGAAGACUCUGAUUGAACAGGCUAAACAGGCCAGUUCCUCCUUCCGUGAGGCUGCUGUUACUCAAGCGAAAAUUCAAGCUGACGUGGAGAGGAAAGAGGACUCCCAGGUGAAGAAGGCUGAAUGGGUUUUCCUUUAGAAGCACAUUGACACUACUUGAACUUGAUGUGAAGGGGUCUCUGAAAGAGCAAUACAGGAUGGAUCCCUUCCAGCAGAGUCGGGUGCAGCACUUUGCUGGGCUCCUAGCAGUUCCCGGACUAGGAAGUGAGGGAUCAAAUCCAGCUGUUGCACAGCAAUUUGUGGGGUUAAUUUUACAGGGCAACUAUGUAUGUGAGACAGGGUAUAUUUCCCAGGACGUGAAUCCCAAGCUGGACUAUCCCUGCCUCCUGAAUUUUUUAUUUUGUAAUGGGAUGUUGAUAUCUGUGCUACUUGAUGGGUGCGCCUACACAUGCGCUUUAGUGCACAGUAGCCUAUUUUACUACUUAUUAAAGUGUUGCGUAAAAAAACAUGCAAAUAUGCUAAUACACAGUAAAAUAAGCUACUGUGCAUUACGCAUCAGUAAAAAAGUGCGUGCUUUUGCUACUGCACAAUAAGGCAGCCUAAUGCGCAUUUAUUUAGUACCGCACAAUGGACUAAAUUUAAUGUGCAUUAGGCAAAGUGAAUUCAUGCACAUGUAGAUGCAUCCAGUAACAUCUUAUUCUUUAUUCAUGUGAGUGAGAAACAUGGCAGAUUGCCUUCACCGAUCCAAAGAAUAACAUUUAAAAAAAAAUUCCGUUUUGAGCCAAGACAGUUCCACUUACUCGCCAGCAAAAUACUUGCCUACCUAAUAACAGCUGUACUUGGUGCGUCCAGAUUUGUUUUUAAUUGUCUUUUAAUCCAAAAUGCUUGCUGGGGAAAAAAAGAAAGACAGCUCUGCUAAAAUGUACAACAAUAGCACGUGGAUUUAUUGGCAAAUGCAUGUAAGGAAAACAAAUCCAGACAGUUUUUCCAUGCAGUUGUUCAAAUGAAUUUCACUGUGGGGAAAAAGCACAAGAUUCAUGGGUGCAAGUGCAAUGAUUGAAAGUAAUUAAAAUAAAUGCCAGGCAAUUAAGCUUCAUAUUUUGUUGUUGAUCAAGCACACUUUCUUGAAAAUGCCCUGGUAUAUGUCACAAGGCCCUUCUUUAGCUGAAGACUGAUAUUGCUUGGGAUUAGCAUUAGACAUCUGAUACUAAGGGAGUAGAAGGAUCGUGCAGAUAUAGCUCUGUCAUAAUUAACUAUUACUUUAAUUAAGUUUGCAUGAUCUCCACAAUUCCCUUCUCUAGUGUUGGACAAGAGCCUUGUUUUGUAAUGAUUAGUCCGGUAAAAGGCAUUAUGCUAAUUUGGUCUUUUGUGUGAAUCAGCUUAAUAUAAAAAAAACCAGUCCUUUAGCAGUACUUUGGGAUGGAUCAGAGCAAAUAUUCAUUUGUAACCCUCAGAGUAGCUCAAGGGAUUAAUGUAAUAAGUCAGAAGGGGUAUUAAUCAAUUUUCAUUAACAGAAAUGAUGAGCCUAGAAGUCCUGACACCUCUGCAGGAACACUGCCAGUUUUGUGUCAACAGUCUGGGCUCUGCUACUCUCUUAAGGGUUUUUUUUAACACAGGAUCCUUUUGUUAGAUAGGGAUUGCAGAGAAAACUCAAAUAUAGGAUAAACCCAUCACCAAGUUGAGGGUUCAGCUCUUCAUGGAAAAAUGAUUUAACAUGGAUUAAAGAGAUCUGUUAGUGUAUUCAGGCUAGUUUCCAAUAUAACAGACUAGUCAGCAAUGAACUUUGCUGCCACAACUGUGAAUAUCCUUGUUACUUGUUACCAGUCAGAAUUCAUUCAAUUCAAGAUCAGGGCCCUCACAAUGGAAUUUGACACUGUAACUCUAAUUCUUAGCUCAGAGUAAGUAUAUUUGCUAGCAGGCAAAGAAAGCGAGUAGGAAAAUGUGCCUGUGCAUUAGCUUUGCUUUAGUCUUUGUUAAAUAAUGAAGCAGUGUUAACAGUUGCUUGCUAAUCUUGUAGAAAACUUAGACUGCUGCAUAAAAGCUGUAGCUGAGUCUUAAAUAUUGCAAAUGAACCAAUCUGAUUUCAAAUGGCAGCCAUUCAUUUAGCCUAGCUGAAAUGAAGUAUAUACAGAAAAGUGGUAUUCAUUUUUCCUGUGUUGAGAUUUGUAGGAUUUAUAACCAUGCAAAAGACAGGUUUACUUCCAAUUUUCCUAGGCAGGAGGAGAGAUUUAUGUUGGGUUAGGUUUGCAUCUGCUAUUUGUCCACUGAUUGAAACACCACCAAUGAAUUCAAAUGGUUUGACUUCACGAAGCUUCAUUCUGCUCAUAUAUGACUGUGAUGGUUCACUUGAGUCACCAGGAUGCAUAUGUUUUUAGGGGGUGACUAGAAUGAGAAAUAUUGGCAGGCAGAGGACUUGUUAUGUGUAGCAAAUAAAAAAAAUAUGCUCAACAUUAUGAGUGUAAUGUGCAUUGAUAAAAAGCCAAUGCACAUUACACAACAAAGCUGCACUUUGUUUCUUAUGUUAGUCUGUUGAGUCCGAGUUUGGCACAAAGGUUAGAUCAGUGGAUGCAUUUACAAAUCUAUGGCAGUAUCUAGACCCAGAACAUUUAACACUGGUGCAUGUAAGACUGGACUACCCAGCUUUUCACAAAAGAAAAUUAUACCCAGGCAGUGUAACAGAAUAUAUAUGUAGACAGUGUGCACUUUAAUAUUUUAAAAAGGAGCAUUUCAGAAUACCUUCUUCUUCAGUUUACUCCCCAAGUUUGGUGUUUAGAAAUUUACAUUCUCCUGUGACCACUGUUAGUGUUGCAUUCCUCAUUAUCAUAGCAGGAAAAUGGUCUGUUUUAAGGGUUUGUGAAGCCCUCAGCUGUUAAAUAGGAAAUGUAAGAUCACUGACUCCAAACGUAAAAAGAAUGUUUCAGAUAGGUAACUUCUUGCAAGGGGUAAUUCUUAUGUCUACAUAUACAUUCAGUUACUAAUUUUGACUGUCAUUCUCUUUUAGUUGAUAUAAAUUGGCUUAAGGAGCAUGGUUUGGUGGGUAAGGUUCAGGACCAGGGGUCUAUUCCAGGUUCUGUUUCCAGCUCUGCCACAAAUUCCUUAUUUGGCCUUGGGUAAGGUGCUAUGUGCCACCAUUCCCCAUAUACAAAAAUAAGAAUAACACGUACUUCAUUUAGUUUUCAUGGGGUUCAUAUUGGGUUGAAAAGUUUUGAUAUCCCUGGAUGGAAGAUACAAUAAAAGUAGAAAGUAUUGAGAAUAUAGGUUUAAAAAAAUUACUUUCCUAGGCAAUUAUUAAAGCUGAAAAAUAACAUUCCAUUAUUUUUUGCAGUGGUAGUUUUGGGAUAGUAACAGUUUCAGUGGUAUUGUUUUAGUUCUGACAUCGCCAUAGAUGGCGAGGAUACAUAUUCAGGCCUUUAAAACCAUUGUGGAUGCAGUGUAACUUGGUGCUGGUAGCCCAGAUCAUUGCUUAGAAUAUGAAAUAGUUACUGUGUGAGCAACACAAUUUAAAUAACUCCAGCCAUUUUAAAACUAGAAUGUAACUGGCAUUAAGGCCACCUUCUUCAUGCAAUUGCCCCAUGACAUCCAGAAUGUCUUUAAUUAUAUUUCUUGAUUUAAAAAAGCUGCUCCUCUGUAGAGACCUCCAAGAUUCAGUCCCAGAAAUAAAACCAGUACGAGCUUGAACGCUGUAGACUUCAGUGCCCAUAGAAACCCAGUAUCUGUAUACAAACACUUAUUGCACACGUAAUUGAUGCUUCACUCCUAUGUGUUGCUCUGUUUUGAAACAAACACCGGAUGUCACUUCCUAACACUUGUCUUAGGGUGAAAGACGUAUCUGGGGUUUGGAUAAAAGUAAUUUAUUAUUCAUUUAAGAAAAAAAAGGCUAACUCUAUUAAAUAUUUGUGUUUCUUGUGUUUUGUAAAAAUGAACUUCUCUAAGUAUUUUUGUAUUGAAGCCUUUUCUAAGCAAUAAACUAUUUUUGGUCUCAAAUAAGUAUGAUUCCAUCUUUCCCAGGAUUCCCUCCUAGACUUGUAAAAUUCUCAGCCACCCUUGUUAAAAGACCCAGAGGGAACAGUUUGGUCCCUUGAACAGUUGCUGAUCUCUGGUUUAACUGCAUCUUUUCUUUAUAAAAAAGAGAGAAGGUGGGUGAUGAGCUGUCUUCACUUAGGGGCAGCAGGUGCUUGGCAUCUCACAGAAGACAUUCAGCAUCUUUCAGGAUCAGCCCAGAAGGAAUGGAUUAAAGACACGACUUCACACAUGCCCAAGCACCUAUAGCAUCUGUGUUUUUCUUAAAAAGUAUGUGAAAUCACCUUUUAUUUUGUGGGGCGAAAACCAGCAUUCCCCUCCCCCAUAUUCUGAGCAAAUUGGCUGGGUUUAAGCCAUCAAAAAAAAAACAAUAGAUGUGCAUGGUAAGCAUCUCUGCCUUGGAGAUCAGCAUCAAAUCUGUUUAAAAAAGAGGUUUAUAAUUUGAUGUUACCCUUCCCUCCAAUACAGCAGGGAGAAACCUACUUUUAAGAAGAAGGCUGAAGAUUAAAUCAGUUAACAGCUGGACUGUCUGCUUUCUCGGAGAGAUUAAAACAGCUGAGGGCAGGAGGGCAUAAAAUUAAACUAAAAAAGGGAUGGGCAUCUAAUAUACCUAGAGAGUUGCUGGGAUGUGGAUUAUGCCACACCCCGCCACCCACCCUCCAGUGCAGCAGCAAAUCCAAUCAGUUUCUUGCAAGUCUUUUUUUGUGAGAGGGAACAUGAAUAUCCUGCAUCAAUCCCCACUUGAUAGAAUCAUUUCCCUGUUUGGUUCUUGAAUGACUUAAUUCUGCAGGCCACCCUGUAAUGAUAUAAUACCUGAUAGAGAUUGAUAAAAGGGAGAUAAAAAUGUUGUCUGCACCUGCAGAUUUCAGGAGAGCUGGGCCUGAGUUGCAGGAGUUCUUCAACUAAGGACUGAAGAUGGCUGUGCUCCUUGUCGAUCUUUCAUCACUAAAAAUCUCAUGUGCAAAAACAGAACAGCCAAGUUUAUGCACCUCUGGAAAGCCAGCAAUACAUUUUCAGCUAAGAGAGAAAAGAAUCCUCAGCUGUGCAGCGUGGCAGCUCGGGAGGACUAGGACUCAUUGAUUUUUUUUUUUCUUUUUCCCCCCCACCUUGCACAAGGGACAUCCAUCUGUGUGACUGAAUAGAUAUGCUGACAGAUAUAUUGUGGUUGAUUAGGACUGUGUCUGUUGGAGGGGAAUAUUUAUUCUAACACUUCAGCGUGUUGCAUUUUUAUUACCAUUAGACAGGUGCCAGGACACACAAAAAUACAGUAUACAAAAAAUAUAGCCAUAAAAGCAGUGUGGAAUUUUUCCAUACUUCACUCUAACUAAUUUGUGUUGGCAUAGUAGUUUGCUAUCCACUUAGUACUUAAGGCUUGGAGCUUUUUUUGGAAGGAUGUACGGUUUCUUCCUAACGUGAUUCUCUUGUUCAAAUAAGCAUUCUGUAAAGGGGCAAAAGAACAUAUGCUAGAGAGGUCAGAUGCCAAAUCUCAGCUGAUAUAUAUCACCUCUUCUUCUAUUGGUCUGUAUUCCACUGAGGUGGGCCUUCAGUUUGGACAAAACUGUGGCUUCAAAUUCCAAGCAGAAAAUUGUACCAAGUAAACUUGGAUAUAAAUGCCCUCCAGUUCCCUUGUGCCCAGCUGGGAUUUGAAGUGUUGCAGAUUCUCUACAUGGUAAUUUGCAUUCUGCACAGACUGAGCAAUUCUCUUAAGGUAUGGACACAUACAUUUUAUCUGCUUUAAUGUUGACAGGGGAGGCUGCUGCUUGGGAUGCCACAGCAGCUUGUAGAAGCCAAACAUUUCUGCCUGAGUCUGUAGCAAUGCAAGUGAGCUAAAUCAUCUGAACUUUGACCCUGAAUAAAUUAGGGUUAAUAGUUGGAGCCAUUUUCCUACUUUUGUGUGGCUACAGAAUCAUACAGAUAUAACAGUUGCAUCCUAACAGCUUGUACUAGCAUCCUUUCAUAGCAGUGAAAUUGUUAAAAAUCUGUCCAUAUGCUUAGUUUAAUAAAGCCAGAAGCAAAUCAAACAUCUCGCUAUAGUCAGGUUGUGUCUAUGCUGCAUCCUUGGCCUUCCAGGUAAAGCAUGUUCUCAAGCAUGCUCCCUCCUGCUCACAUGUGCCAAACCUGGCAAUGUGCCAGUGAAAGUGCCCUAGAUGUGCUAUCUCACCACUGCUCCCAAGCUGUUUGUCUAUAAUACUAUUCAGAAAAUGGCUAUGACGGGGUGUCCCAAGAGCAUCUUAACCUUACAUUUCUGAGUUGGGAGAGCAUCUUCCUGGAAAGAUCAAAGACGUAGCAUAGAUUUUUACCCUGAAACCUCCGCCCGGUAUUUUUCAGCUCCCAAGAACUUCUUGAUAUUGAUUCCGUGUCACAGUAAAUUGAAGCUUCACAGGAAUGCUAUGACGCCAGGUCAAAAAGAUGAUCCAAAAUUAAUCCCACAAUCUGCUUAAGCAUUUGGUUCCUACUUUUGGAUAAACCUACUUUGCUCUAAGGUGGUAUGGAGUUUCUUUUGCUUAACUGUUCCCUUGGGAAUUUAUUGCUGGACUAGCACUGUCUGUAUAAUUUGACCAGGUUUCAGUAUCUCUUGCUAAUUUCUCAGGAGGCUCUGCCACUGGGCACAGCAGGGUCAGAUAUGGGGAUAGGAAUCGUUUAUUGUACUCAGAAACUGACCUUGAGCAAAUUUUUAUGCCACCUGCUUAUAUGUGCACAUGCUCAGGCAUAGUGUGAGCUGCUAUGGAAUAGGUUAGUGUACACUGGUGUUUCUCAGACCAGAGUGCAUGCAUCCCUGGGAGUAUGUGGCAAACUUCUAGAAGGUACGUAAGAGGAAGGGAAAAGGUAAAUAUAAAUGGAAGAGGAAGAAUUGAAAAACAACUCUACAGUAUCUCUUAGUUGCAGGGGAGAUUAAAAUAUGGUGGUAGUGAGAAAGUGUUACUUUUUCUCAGCUGUAAUAGAAUCAUAGGGAAACACAGCAAUGAAGCAAAUUUAACCCAGGGAAGCUUCAAAAUUCCUGGUGUACCCCAGCAAAUACUAGAUGUCAGAGCAUGUGGUGAUAACAUCACAUUUCAGACAAACCAAGUCUUAAAGUUGGACUCAUUUGAAGAAAUGCAGCUUUCUAAAUCUGUGCUCACCAAAUUUACCUGCAUGUUUAGCAUGAAGGAUCAGUUACAAAACCCUAGCAGUUUGCAUGCUUAGGCUUUGCCUUUAAUAGGGUGGCAGAGGUGCUUAAUUCUUCUAUGGCUGCUUGAUUGCAGAAGGUCUUCAAUCUCUGUACAUUUUCUGUGUGUUGGGGAACUAGACAGUAAAGCCAAGGUAGUUCCUAGAGGGUUUCAGACAUGCUUAUUUUGUCUGUUUGUUGUCUUUUCAUACCUGUUGAGCUGUUCUACUUCUCCAGAGUUUAGCUGGCCUUUGAAGUAGAAUAGGGAAAUGUGACUCACAGGGGUGGGCAAUUAUUUCAGGUGGAGGGCUGCUUACUGAGUUUUGGCAAGCCAUCAAGGGCCGCAUGACAGGCAGCUGGGGGCAGAUAAAUAUUAAUUUUCUAAUUUUUUUAGGGGCCCUGUGGGCCGCAACGGGCCCACGGGCUGCAUUUUGCCCACCCCUGCUCUAUCAGAAGCACAGGCAAAGCAGUUAGCCGAUGGUCUUAUAAAGUCUUCAGUGUUCUUGUCUUAGUACUUGUGGUGCUGCUAACUGAUAACUUUUUGUGCUUUCAUUUGUACAAGAAUAUCAUUUAUUGCAAGAUUAAGCCACCACAUUAAUGAAUAAGCAACUUGUUUGGGUGAAGUGAGCCUAGAUUCAUAUUGCCUUCAAUUAGCUGUUACCCUAGCAGCUAACUAGGAUGUCUGCUGCAAAGAAGUGGCCUUUGCACCAGCUACUUCAUUCACUUCAAGAGUAUCCUUCAGUGUCCCAUUCUUGCAAGGGAUGAUAAUGUUUUGUUCCAGUGCUGUGGUAGCUAGAGUUCUCCAGGCUUUGUGCAAGUAAAUAAUGUACUAAUAAUACACUAAUGGGAUGUAGGCGGAAUUUCCCCCCUUAAUCUAAUAGCUCGGCAAACAAGCUCAGAUAAUGAGGUGUCUAUGAUAAACCACUUUCCAUGUUGCUGUGGUUCAGGGACAACACUGCCUAUCUGAAGUAAUAUGUCCAACAUUUCUCUCA